GGGGGGGUGGGGGCCGAGGGGAGAAUGGUCUGGUCCCAGCUCGAGCCCGAGGCGGUCCUCCCCCAACUUAGCUGAAGUUGUCUCGAAAGUACGGAUAGAGGUCUCGGGGGCUAAAAGAGGUAGGAGGGGAGCGGGACAGCUAUAGCCCAUCUCCGUACUGGGCCUGAAGAGGAAGCCGGAGACAGACCAGCCCAGGGAAUGGCCGGAGCCUCCUGGGCCCCGGGGCGGAGUGAGGGAGAACUGUCCCUAACCUCCCUAGGCGAGGAUUAACCUGGUCAGAUGGCACAUUUCUCCAUUGCUUCUCUCCAACUCUCUCUUCCCUCGACAGUUUCUUUCUUUUCUGCCCCUUCAGCAGUUUGGGGAACUUUUCUCUCAGGGUGCCCAAGUUCCGUGACCUUGGCAGUGCCUUGGGACAGUUGCCUCAAGUUUGGAUGUAAGAAACAGGAUCUGGAGCGAUCUCUCUUCCCUUUUCCCUUUCCCACCGUCACCUUUACGGUGAGAUCCCGUCUUCAUUGAGCUUGGCUGGAGGGGAUGAAUUCGCCACGAGUUUAGUUUGGUUUCUUUACCUCCCCCCCAUCCCACUUUGCCAAUCUGCCAGUUUAUCAGGUCCCUCCCUCCCUCUUCUCCUAGUUAGUGGGAUGGCCGCGAGGCUUGGGAAAUGAUACAACUGGAAAAAGCUGCCAGGACCAAUGGGGAGGGGUGGUCUGUGAGCUCUCCUUUCCCCCAAUCAGAAAAGCUUUGUAUGAGGGUGGGGGGAGAAUUUGGGAGAGGUCUUGGGUUCCCAGGACUACUGGGGAGGUGAUACUGCUAGGGAGGCGGGGCUUGUGAGUCUUUUCUAGCUGCUGCCUUUCUGGCCUCAGUUUCCCGGGCAACAUGAUGGCCAAGAGUACCGGAGAUUUUGGAUUUGCAGAAUCACUAAACCUCAAAACUGAGAGGAAAAAAAUCUAGUUCCUUUCUUUAGAGAUGAAGAAGCAGGCUCAGAACUAGAAAGUGAUUGGCCCAAGUUGUGUCAAAAAUCGAUGGCAGGAACUGGGAUUUGAAUCCAGGUCUCCCAAAUUCAGAUCAGAGUACUUUCUUUUACGCUGUUUUAUACAUAGGAGGCCUAAAUGAAUGCCCCCCACCUCUUCUCUCUACCUUGACCCCUCUGAUUAAGUGAGCAUCUACUUUUUUGGUUUACAGAAGCUGGAAGGAACUGGGAACUUGAACUUGAGCCUUCAGGAAGAGAAGGAUGAACAUGGACCAGAGGUCCCCCGAAGUCCUUACUCCUCGAAAUGAGGGCUCUCCACAUCAAGCCAAUCCUGCCAUGAAUCUUUCGGCUGUCCAGGAGAAUGCAUCUCUGGGACCCGCCAGCCUGGGCCUCCUUCCCAGACGGCGGGAGAGCCCCCAAACCAGCCGGUCUGGUUCCCCACACAACAGAACUGUGAUGAGUGGCCCAGAGCCAGGCCAACCAGAAGGGUUGGAUGAUACAGAGCUACAGAUGAAAAUGGACUUUUUCCGGAAACUAGGCUACUCGUCCGGGGAGAUCCAGGGGGUCCUUCACAAGCUGGGACAUCAGGCUGACACCAAUACAGUCCUGGGCGAGCUGGUGAAACACGGGUCAGCCACCGAGCGAGAAGCCCCACUGGAUGGUCCUACGGAGCCCCCACUGGUGCCCCGAGGUGGAGGGACCCCAAAGGCACCCUCUCCUUGCCCUCCACCCGCUGAGGACAAGGAAGCCAGUAACCUGAGACCAGUGGUUAUCGACGGGAGCAAUGUCGCCAUGAGCCAUGGAAAUAAGGAGGUUUUCUCUUGCCGGGGCAUCUUGCUGGCUGUCAACUGGUUCCUGGAACGCGGCCACUCAGAUAUCACAGUGUUUGUCCCCUUGUGGAGGAAGGAGCAGCCACGUCCUGAUGUGCCCAUCACAGAUCAGCACAUCCUUCGUGAGCUGGAGAAGAAGAAGAUCUUGGUAUUCACGCCGUCCCGGCGCGUGGGGGGGAAGCGGGUCGUAUGCUAUGAUGACCGAUUCAUAGUGAAGCUGGCGUUCGAUUCUGACGGCAUCAUCGUCUCCAAUGACACCUACAGGGACCUGCAGUGCGAGCGGUUGGAAUGGAAGAAGUUCAUAGAGGAUCGGCUGCUCAUGUACUCUUUCGUCAAUGAUAAGUUCAUGCCACCCGAUGAUCCCCUUGGCCGACAUGGACCCAGUCUGGAUAACUUCCUCCGGAAGAAACCUCUCAUGCUUGAGCACAAGAAACAGCCCUGCCCCUAUGGCAAGAAGUGUACAUAUGGGAUCAAGUGUCGGUUCUACCACCCAGAAAGGCCAAGCCAGCCCCAGCGCUCAGUGGCAGAUGAGCUCCGAGCCAAUGCCCGGCUCUCCCCACCCCGGGCACCUGCCAAAGACAAGAAAUGCCGCCAGUCUUCACCCACGCCCACUCCAGCCCCCGGAUCCCUGCCUAUCAAGGAUGAUCGGGAGCGCUGGCUGCCAGAGAAGUUCCCAGGGGCCCAGCAGGCUUCCAGAGGCGAUGGGGAUGGGCAGGCGAAGACUUACACCCAAGUCAGGAGCCUGCCGGGCUUUGGCCCAACAGACUGGGGGUCCCCUCCCCUAGACUCUCUCUCUUACAUCUCCCAAGACUGCCUCGACUCGGGCAUCGGCUCCCUGGAAAGUCAAAUGUCAGACCUCUGGGGCAGCCGGGGGAAUGGGAACAGCCACGGGGAGCCUGGGGAGCCUCCUAGAACCGGGGGCAGUGGCAGCAACCCGCAGAGAUGCACCUUCCUAGGCCGAGGUCACCUCUUGCCCUAUGGCCCCGAGCAUCCCCCUGGCCCCUCAUCCCUUUCUUUCUCAGGCUACGGCCGCCCUGUGGGCACUGGGCAGUUCAGCAUCCCAGCAGAGUAUCCUCCACCUCUGGGGUAUGCACCACGAGAAUACUGGUCAGAGCCCUAUCCAAUGCCCCCUCCCACAGCAGCUAGGGCUCCCCCAGCCCUUAGGGAUCCCCACCUACUUAAUUCCCCAGCAGCCUAUGGCGCUGAAGCAGCUUCGUGGGGAGCUGGGACUGAUAGCUUCGCCAAAGAGCGGGCCAGCCUGCGGGUGAAGCUCUGUGGCAUCUUCCCCCCACAUCUGGUGGAGGCUGUGAUGAGACGCUUCCCACAGCUUCUGGACCCCCAGCAGCUGGCCGCCGAGAUCCUCAGCUACAAAUCUCAGAACCCAAGUGGGUGACCCAUGGAGACUUCCCAGUGGCACUCACAGCCCCUGGGGGGGGAGGGGAGGGGGCUGCCUUGGUCUCCCACUGAACCCAGUCUAACUAUGACAGUGCCCCUAGUCUUUCCCUGGAGUUACUGGGACAUUACAAGGACCAGGCUCGUUUUUAACAACUCCCCUUUUCUUGGCACAGGAACCCUGUGGGUUCUUGAGCAUCCCUGAGGGAGAAUCUUACAGCAAGAAAGGGAUCCCCGAAACCAAAGAAAUACUGUAACAAUUGAUUCUGGUCUUGGACUAACGAAGACUAUCUGCCUCUGACUUUCUCAUGUCUGUCUCUGUUCCAUGUGCCUCUUUCUUCCCCUGUCAUUCUUUCUUCUGACUUUCUCAGCUAUCUCAUUCUCUUAACUCCCCUGUUUUUCCACCUCUCAUCUACUAUUCUAGAUCUCCAUCUCUCAUAUCUCUGUAUCUCAGUCUCCUUUCAAGACCAGAAGCGAUUGCCCUGUUGGUACACAUUGUAUCAGAGUUUAAUGAUGAGACAAUAAUAUUUGUCCUGUGGCUAAUGCCCCAAGCCCUCUUUCUUCCGAGGACAGGAGGGAGGAGAGGAGAAGCCAGGGAGGGAAGGAGUCCAUCUCCCUCCUCAGCAGCUCUGACUCCCUCUCUCCAGGCUCUGUCCUUAGGAUAACAGCCUAUCACUGGCUGGUUGGGCACCGUGUGCCCUCCGAGGCCCCGGCCAGGGCCCCCCAACCAUGUACGCCAAUGAUGCCCCAGGGCCGGCGAGGUUUCACGUUAGUAGUUAAGAUGGUUUUUAGGAAUCUCUCUCUCUCUCCUUAUACCUGCCGUGGCUACCAUGUCUGCUUUAUAAUUUGCCUCUCUUAAGUGUAUUUUUUUUCUCCCAGACCCCUGAGAAUCUGGGGCAGGGACAGCAGAGACUCGGGACCCCCAAUAGUCCCUGAUAGGAAUAGUCCAGAGGGUAUCAGUGCUGCAUGCAAGUCAGGAGCCUCAGACAGGUAUCUUUGACCUCCAUUAAGAGGCCUGCCUGUGCAGGGGAUGUGGGGGAGAUGUGGGUUUAUGGAAAGGUAUAUUUUAGGUAAGAGUGGUUGCUUUCUGCUGUAUUACUAAUAAAAUUUUGACUUUAGUUUUAUGUGUGUGGUAUUUCUGUUUGGAUUUUAUUUCAUGGUUUUGGUUGGAGUGGAAUUGGGAAAUUAGGUAUGUCUUCAGAGG